CGGCCUGUUCACGAUGGACGGCCACGACAGCCCUCAGACCCCCAAGGGCUCCUUCCGAAAGUUCCUGGAGCAACUCUCCGGGGCCGGCAAGGCCAUCGGCGUGCUGACCAGCGGCGGGGAUGCCCAAGGCAUGAAUGCUGCUGUCCGGGCCGUCGUGCGCAUGGGGAUAUACGUGGGCGCCAAGGUGUACUUCAUCUAUGAGGGCUACCAGGGCAUGGUGGACGGCGGCAGCAACAUUGUGGAAGCUGACUGGGAGAGCGUCUCCAGCAUCCUGCAAGUGGGAGGGACCAUCAUCGGCAGUGCCCGCUGCCAGGACUUCCGUACUCGGGAAGGCCGCCUGAAGGCCGCAUGUAACUUGGUUCAGCUGGGCAUCACCAGCCUGUGUGUGAUCGGCGGGGACGGCAGCCUCACCGGGGCCCACAUCUUCCAGACGGAGUGGAGCGGGCUGCUGGAAGAGCUGGCCCGCGACGGCAAAAUCAGCACGGAGCAGGUGCAGAAGCACGGGCACCUCAAUGUGGUGGGAAUGGUGGGCUCCAUCGACAACGACUUCUGCGGCACCGACAUGACCAUCGGCACAGACUCGGCCCUACACCGCAUCAUCGAGGUGGUGGACGCCAUCAUGACAACUGCCCAGAGCCACCAGCGGACCUUCGUCCUGGAGGUGAUGGGGAGACAUUGCGGGUACCUGGCCCUGGUGAGCGCUCUGGCCUGCGGGGCCGACUGGGUCUUCCUUCCCGAGUCCCCACCGGAGGAAGGCUGGCAGGAAAACAUGUGUGUCAAGCUCUCAGAGAACCGUGCCCGGAAGAAAAGGUUGAACAUCAUCAUUGUGGCCGAAGGGGCCAUCGACACCCAGAACAAGCCCAUCACCUCAGAGCAGAUCAAGGAGCUCGUGGUCACGCAGCUGGGCUACGACACGCGAGUGACCAUCCUUGGACACGUGCAAAGAGGCGGGACGCCGUCAGCUUUUGACAGGAUUCUGGCCAGCCGCAUGGGGGUGGAGGCUGUGGUCGCCCUCCUGCAGGCCACUCCCGAGACUCCAGCCUGCGUGGUGUCGCUGAGCGGAAACCAGGCAGUGCGGCUGCCGCUGAUGGAGUGUGUACAGAUGACCCAGGAAGUACAAAAGGCGAUGGAUGAGAGGAGAUUUAAGGAUGCCGUGCAACUCCGAGGAAGGAGCUUCGAGAACAACCUCAACACCUACAAGCAGCUGGCCAUCAAGCUGCCAGACUCCGAAAUCCCAAAGAGCAACUGCAAUGUGGGCGUCGUGAACGUGGGUGCGCCCGCGGCCGGCAUGAAUGCGGCUGUGCGUGCCGCUGUGCGCGUGGGCAUCUCUGAAGGACACAAGAUGUUUGCUGUGUAUGACGGCUUCGAGGGCUUCGCCAAAGGCCAGAUAAAGGAAAUCGGCUGGGGGGACGUUGGAGGCUGGACGGGCCAAGGUGGCUCCAUCCUUGGGACAAAACGCAUCCUCCCUGGGAAAUACCUGGAGGACAUCGCGGCGCAGAUGCGAACCCAUGGCAUCAGCGCUCUCUUGAUUAUCGGUGGAUUUGAGGCCUACCUGGGGCUGCUGGAGCUGUUGGCCGCCCGGCAGAAGCAUGAGGAGUUCUGUGUCCCCAUGGUUAUGGUCCCCGCCACCGUCUCCAACAACGUGCCCGGCUCCGACUUCAGCAUCGGGGCGGACACCGCCCUCAACACCAUCACCGACACGUGCGACCGCAUCAAGCAGUCGGCCAGCGGGACCAAGCGGCGCGUGUUCAUCAUCGAGACCAUGGGGGGCUUCUGCGGCUACCUGGCCAACAUGGGGGGACUGGCGGCUGGCGCAGACGCUGCCUACAUCUUCGAGGAGCCUUUCGACAUCCGGGACCUGCAGUCCAACGUGGAGCACCUGACGGAGAAGAUGAAGACCAGCAUCCAGAGGGGGCUCGUGCUCAGGAACGAGAGCUGCAGCGAGAACUACACCACCGACUUCAUCUACCAGCUCUACUCCGAGGAGGGCAAGGGCGUGUUCGACUGCAGGAAGAACGUGCUGGGCCACAUGCAGCAGGGUGGGGCACCUUCUCCGUUCGACAGAAACUUUGGAACCAAAAUUUCCGCCAGAGCCAUGCAGUGGAUCAGCUCGAAGCUGAGGGAGUCUGCGGGGAAAGGAAAAAAAUUUUUAAGUGAGGACUCUGUGUGUGUGCUGGGAAUCAGCAAGAGAACACUGCUGUUCCAGCCCGUGGCGGAGCUGAAGAAGGAGACAGACUUCGAGCACCGGAUCCCCAAGGAGCAGUGGUGGUUGAAGCUGCGGCCCCUCAUGAAGAUCCUGGCUAAGUACAAGGUCAGCUUCGAGGUGUCGGAUGCUAGCCAGCUGGAGCCCGUGCAGCCCCGUGGCGCUGAGGAGCCGGCCGCCAUCUAGUGCCGCCCGCCGGCUGUCGUGGUCCAGUUAUUUACGAGCACUUUACGCGAGCAUCGUCCACGUGAUGCCCGACCCCAGGCGCUGGCGCACGGGCCGCCUGUGCUGCCUGUCUCCUGCUUCACAACCUGCGGGCCCCGCAGAAUUAAACGUUGGCUACAACUCCAA